AUGAUCAACUGAAUUAGAGUUCUCCUCCUUGACUUUUUGGCUCCAGAGCUGAGUGGAGGACCUUGGGCUUCUGCAGUUUGCUGAUUGGGUGUACAAAGGCUGUCCACAAAAAAAUGGGGAAAUAAAAUUGCCUAUCGGCUGGGCAUUGCAGCCUCAAACGAAUUUUAUUUAUAUCAGCAAGGUUUUAAAAACCCAGAAAUGAAUAUUAGUGCUAGGUAUGCAAUUCUGAAAUGCACAGAGCCUAGCCUUAAUCCACUUUCAGGAUUAGAUUUUUCCUCUAGAAAAGGUGGGCUCAGGAUUUGAAAGGGAAAGUCCAGCAAAGUUUAA